CCUUCCCAGCUUCCCGAGGGUUUUGUAAAGCGUCACGUCGCUCUGCAGCUCAGUCGGUUUCCGCACUGAAGCUCGGCAUCCUCCACCGUCGACCUCUUCUCUUAACUUCGCACGUCCUCCCACAAGCCAGCCACCAUGACUCACCAGUUCCCCGCACUGACUCCUGCCCAAAAGAAGGAGCUGCAGGACAUCGCCCUGAGGAUCGUGGCCCCCGGCAAGGGCAUCCUGGCUGCCGAUGAGUCCACCGGCAGCAUGGCGAAGCGCUUCACCCCCAUCGGCGUGGACAACACGGAGGAGAACCGCCGGCGCUACCGCCAGCUGCUGUUCACGGCCGACGAGCGCAUCGACAGCUGCAUCGGCGGCGUCAUCUUCUUCCACGAGACGCUCUACCAGAGCACCGACGACGGCACGCCCUUCUCCAAGCUCAUCAAGGACCGCGGCAUUGUCGUCGGCAUCAAGGUGGACAAAGGUGUUGUUCCCCUCGCCGGAACCAAUGGCGAGACCACCACUCAAGGUCUGGACGGUCUGUCGGAGCGCUGCGCCCAGUACAAGAAGGACGGCGCUGACUUCGCCAAGUGGCGCUGCGUGCUGAAGAUCAGCGAGACCACGCCCUCCGAGCUAGCCAUCUUUGAGAACGCCAACGUGCUCGCACGCUAUGCUAGCAUUUGCCAGCAGAACGGCAUCGUUCCUAUUGUGGAGCCAGAGAUCCUCCCCGACGGCGAUCAUGACCUGAAGCGCUGUCAGUACGUCACCGAGAAGGUCCUCGCCGCCGUGUACAAGGCUCUGUCGGACCACCACGUUUACCUGGAGGGCACGCUGCUCAAGCCCAACAUGGUCACCGCCGGACACGCCUGCCCCAGCAAGUACAGCGGCGAGGAGAUCGCCAUGGCAACCGUCACCGCCCUGCGGCGCACCGUGCCACCCGCCGUCACCGGCGUCACCUUCCUGUCGGGCGGCCAGUCCGAGGAGGAGGCCAGUGUCAACCUCAACGCCAUCAAUACCUGCCCCCUGGCCAAGCCCUGGGCGCUCACCUUCUCCUACGGCCGCGCCCUGCAGGCCUCGGCCCUUCAGGCAUGGAAAGGGGAACUCAGCAACGAGAAGGCCGCCACCGAGGAAUUCAUCAAGCGUGCCGAGGCUAACGGCUUGGCCGCCCUGGGCAAGUACGAGACCUCCGGCAGCGGCGGUGCGGCAGGACAGUCCCUCUACGUGGCCAAUCACGCCUACUAAAAAGGAAUCACGUGACCUAGUUAGACUUAUAUCUGCUCUGCUAUUAAAACCUGAAACCCUUCCUCCCCACGCACUUCCUCCAUUCAUGCAUCACUGGCCUGCGCUGUCGACUGAACUUCAUCACAGUGAUUAAAACUUUAGGUGUUUAAAAGCAAAGGAGCACACCGAAAGGGAGCUGUUGUAUUUUUAUGAUCGAACAAAUCAAAACAGUUGAAAAUAUUUUGGGUGGAAAGGACCCCAAAAAAAAAAAAACUAAAAAGAAAUAGGCUUUUGUCUCCUUGUUUGGGAUGCGUGUGAGACUCAACAAGGUGACAUUGAGGAGGUCUGAAAAGACACAAGGGACUCCACUUACAAGCCGCCACUAACCAAUCAACUUUGUGUGUGUGUGCGUGUGUGUCCAUGUUCGCUUUAAAUUACACAGAUUUAAUGUAUACGGUUGUGCGACGCUGUCAAUAUUGUGUGACAUUCCUCUACCCCCAGGAUUGGAAAGAGGUUCAUUAUGAUGAUUUGCUUCUGGGGAGUCACUCACUGCUGUAUUGGAUCAACUGUGACGUUUGUGUUGUUAAUAAUGUUCUUGAAGCACUGGCUGUGUCAAAUAGUGAAAACAAAUAAACUAUAUUAAACAAAAAGUC